AUGGCCCACAUCCUUUAUGAAGAGAGAAACACGUGCAGCCAACGGGGAACAGAUCUCGAGGGUAGCGUCGGUGGCACUGCAGACAAUGAUGUGGCCGAGUUGGAGCGCCCGUUCUUCGGACUCGAAUACCCAAAAAGACAAGAAAAAGAAGAAGAAGAAGAAGAAGAAGAAGAAGAAGAAGCAGAGGCCAGUAGCCGCCAACUGCAGCAGACUCGGAGCGAGCGCACAUACUCGGCAGCCGUCAUGGGAUCUGCCAUCACACUCACCAGCGCGAAUGAAGAGGCUGGACGCCAGCUGGUCGGCGAACACUUUGCCAGAGGGCUUUUCAGAGAAUGGCCGAAUGACGCGGGGUUUGACGGCUUGACGGAGACGCGCGGCCCCGUUGACCUUGUAGUAAGAGGUCGUAUCCCAGCUUGGGCAGCCGGGUCUCUUUAUCGGACAGGCCCCGGUGCUUGCAAAGUCGAAGACACCAAAUCCGGAACACUUAACAUAUCGCACUGGUUCGACGGUCUCGCUCACACGCAUAGGUUCGACAUUGUCGAGGAUGAGUCCGUCGCGGGCGGCAUCCGCGUUCAGUAUUCGUCACGCCGUCAGUCCGAAGUCCUGGAGAAAGGACAUCAAAGACUCUGGAUCCUCCCGCUCUUUAUCGAACGCUCCACGGCUCUCGACAAUGUUGGCGUGACCGUAAACGCAGAUGUUCCUGGCCUUCGAAGUCUUGCCCAGGGUCAUAAAGAUAGUGGCUAUGCCAUCCUUCCAGGCAAUGUCUUUAUCGGCACCGAUGCCGCUGUGUUUGCUGAGAUCGACCCCAAGACGAUGGAGCGACUUGGCAUCAUUAGCCACCAGAAGCUACAUAAACAACUGCGCGGACCAGAAGCGCCGGCCCAUGGCCAGCGCGAUCCCGAGACGGGUGACUACAUCAGCUUCAACGCCGACUUUGGCCGCAAAGGCGUGUACCGCGUCUUCCUCUCUAGCGCAGAAACCGGCAAGACCACAAUCUUGGCUUCUUUCACCGGUACUCCUGCCUACAUCCAUAGUUUCUUCCUGACGCGCAACUUUGCCAUAAUUUGUGUCCCUUCGUCACAUUUGAAACUCGGCGGCGCGAAGGUCCUGUGGGAAGGUAGCAUCGUGGAGGCGCUACAGCCGUUCGACAAUUCACUAGAGUGUCACUGGUAUGUCAUCGACAGGCGCCUUGGCAAAGGGCUGGUGGGCGAAUUCGCCUCCCCGGCCGGGUUCUUUUUCCAUUCGACCAAUUCGUUCGAGGACGAUGAGGGGAACAUCAUAUGCGAGUUGGUCGCGUACCCGAGCACAACGCUGAUCCAUCGUCUCUACUACGACGUUCUCCUCAACAGGGAUGGCAAGGGUGAGCAGUUUCUCUACGACAGCAAACGACUCAUAGAGACCUUCCCUGGCCUAGUGAGAUACAAGCUUCUGAGGAGCGACCUCGUCCCACCAGGAAGCAAAGUCAAGUCACCGCUCCCAUCGCCGUCGAAGGAGUGGGAGAUCCCGGCGCCUCACGUCGGCGAGCUCCCAACAAUCAACCCCGCGUAUGCCUGUCGGCGGCAUCGUUUCGUCUACAGCCUCAUUGAUCGCGGUUACAGCACUCUCUACGACGGUAUUGCCAAGACGGACACGCAGACGCGGGAGGUCCUGGUGUGGAGCGGACCGACAGGCCACACACCUGGAGAGGCGAUUUUUGUGCCUCGACCGAGCACCGUUGACAAGCCUUCGCGGGAGGACGACGGGGUGCUUCUGAGUGUGGUGCUUGACGGGUAUAACCGGACGAGUUAUUUGAUUUGCCUCGAUGCGCGGACGAUGGAGGAGGUAGGGCAGGCAGAUUGCAAUUUUGCGGUUGGCUUUGGUUUUCAUGGGCAGCAUAUCACCGGGGUCUAG